AGGAACGUCGAGCUGCCUUCUACCCAAUAUUUUUCACGAACUCCUAAAUUCAACCCAAAGGUUUAUGGGUAAUGAUGGCUCAGAGGUGACGUCAUAUGAUGUUAUCAAACAAUCAUUGUCACGCAAUUGUCACGCAAACUAAGUCAAGCUUGGCGUACAGUUCUCUAGCUAGGUUCAUCAAUCAUUAAUAUCAUUCAAUUUAUUCAUCUCAACGCUUCUGCGACCUUCUAGUUGGUUUUGCAGUGACAUUAUCUCCCUUAAGUGCUUUCCAAAUACUGUCCGUUUAGAAGUUUUGAAAGUCGUGCUCUCAUAUUUCGUUUCCAAAAUGCAAACACUUAUAGUGGAUAACGGAACAGGUUUAGUUAAACUUGGUUUCCAAAGCGAAGACGAUCCGAAAAUCGUUCUUCCAAACAUCGUUGGACGAGACAAGUCUUCAGGAGAUGUAUUUUACGCUGGGGACGAAGCAAUAGGAAAGAAAAACCUAGAUCUAAGCUACCCUAUGGAACAUGGAGCUGUAGUUGACUGGGAAGACAUGGAAAAGUACUGGAAGUACGCCUUUGGAAAGUUGAAUGUCGAUUUUACAAACCAUGGUGUUUUGAUGACAGAAGCUCCUUCAAAUCCACCAGAAAAUCGUGACAAAAUGGCCGAGAUCAUGUUUGAAAAAUUCCAAACUCAAUUCUUCUAUGUACCAGUCUCCGCUCAACUCGUGAUGUACUCUGUCGGUAGAGUCUCUGGUAUUGUUCUUGACUCUGGAGAAGGCGUGACCUACAUAUCUCCCAUCUUCGAAGGCUUCUCGAUCCCAGAAGGCAACACGCGUUUAAAUAUGGGAGGCCGUGACCUUAACGAGUACCUUAUGAGACAUCUAGACAACGUGACAGAUGGUGAAGUCGCGCGUGACAUCAAAGAAAAGUUGUGUUACGUAUCUUCGGAUGGUACAACUGGUACUCAAGGAAGUGCCGUGUAUAAGUUACCGGAUGGAAGGGAAGUCACGCUGGAUAAAGAGCGUUACAAGGUGCCCGAGGCGCUGUUCCAUCCCACGGUCCUGGGCCUGAAUACACAGGGUGUCCAUAAGUUGAUUCAGUAUUCUAUUUCGAAAUGUGAGAACGACACUAGGAAGACAAUGUUUGGCAAUAUCGUCGUUGCUGGUGGCACAACGAUGCUGCCUGGCUUCCCAGAACGCUUGAAUAAAGAGAUGUCAUCCUUAGUGCCCUCAGCAUCCAUUCAUUCUCAUGUGGUCGCGCAGAAGGACAGAGCGAUGGCCGUGUGGACCGGGGCGUCAGUUUUGACCAAUCUUCCUACUUUCACUAACAUGUGCGUGUCUAAGAAAGAGUACGAAGAAGAAGGAGCCGCUGCCAUCAGGCGUAAACUACACCUUUAGCUCUUAAUGCAUUGGAUAGACCCGUUGCAACACGUAGGAUUAUGCAGCUUAGUGGAGGACAUAACGAUAGGUUUCCAAUUCUCUGUCGAUUGAAGUUUUUUUGUUUUGUCCUACAAAUUGAGCUGCUUUGACGUCACAUGAUGCAAGGGGUCUAUAGACCUUAACAGUAAUGACGUUUCAUACCUUAACUACCACAAUCCCCUUCAAAUUUUGAUCAUAUUCAAAUGUUAAAGCUCUUUUGAGAAUACCGAGACAAUCUAAAAAAAAAACUUAAGAAAAAAGAAGAAGAA